GCCAUUUAAAGUUAUGAAUGCUCCCUGUCUAUAUAUAGCCUUGAAUGUUAUUGGACGUCGUGUUCAGUAAGGUAGCGGAAAUUUGAAAGAUCAAACCCGGGAAGGCUAGGUGUAUCAUACGUUGACGAUUACAAUCCAAGAUGGCAGAUCAGCUGACCGAAGAACAGAUUGCUGAAUUCAAAGAGGCUUUCAGCCUUUUCGACAAAGAUGGCGAUGGCACCAUCACAACCAAGGAGUUGGGAACCGUCAUGAGGUCACUAGGUCAGAACCCAACAGAGGCAGAGUUGCAAGACAUGAUCAACGAAGUAGAUGCUGAUGGUAAUGGAACAAUUGAUUUCCCUGAAUUCCUGACAAUGAUGGCCAGAAAGAUGAAGGAUACUGACUCAGAGGAGGAAAUUAGAGAGGCAUUCCGAGUGUUCGACAAGGACGGCAACGGUUUCAUCAGUGCAGCUGAGUUGAGGCAUGUCAUGACAAACUUGGGCGAGAAGUUGACAGACGAGGAAGUAGAUGAAAUGAUCAGGGAAGCAGAUAUUGAUGGUGAUGGACAAGUAAAUUAUGAAGAAUUUGUUAAAAUGAUGACAUCCAAGUAGACAACGUUGUUUCUUCAAGUCUUCCGUUCAUCCAGCUGCCUUUCUGUCAUCCUCGUCUGUCAACAUAUUGUCUCUUCAAUACAUUCCAUCGUUUUUGUUGUGAAAAUGGACCAACAAUCAUUGUUUUAUGAGAUUCCAUCAUAAGGAAAGCAAAUUUUUAUAUAAGCAUCUUUCUUCUGAAUCUGUUGCCCAUUGAGAGAGAACCCUGUCAGUGUUGGUGCUGGAACGAGGUGGAGGAUCUCCCCAUCCUCUCGGGGGCAGAGAUGAGUGUCCUGGAUCUGAACAAACACCUCCCAAACUGUUCCGGCUGCAAUGUUCCUGCAAUCUUGUCACUCUGAUGGGAAAUGGAGUUGUUAAUGAAAUGAUUAAAGAGUUAUUUUAUUGAAAAUC